CUUCCUUUCUGCUAGCUUCUCCGCCAUGGCGCCUAUUCAGAAGAAGCAGAACACCGGCAAAGGUGGGAAGAAGAAGAAGCAGGUUCUGAAGUUCACUCUGGACUGCACCCAUCCUGUUGAAGAUGGCAUCAUGGAUGCAGCUAACUUUGAGCAGUUCCUGCAGGAGCGUAUCAAGGUGAACGGGAAAGCUGGCAACCUUGGCGGAGGUGUGGUGUCCAUUGAGAGGAGCAAGAGCAAGAUUACAGUUUCCUCAGAGGUUCCUUUCUCCAAAAGAUACCUGAAGUAUCUGACGAAGAAGUAUCUGAAGAAGAAUAACCUUCGUGACUGGCUGCGUGUCGUUGCAAACACCAAGGAGAGCUACGAGCUGCGCUACUUCCAGAUCAAUCAGGACGAAGAAGAGGAGGAGGAUGAAGAUUAAAUUGGCUGAUGUUGUAGAUUUAAAUAAAUUUGUUUACAGUCCAAAA